ACACGCCAUCCAAACAACAUGGGAGUUGGGUUUGGGGCCUCCCCUAUCGGGGCUGCGAGCCCCACCCUUUUUUUUUAAACCCAAAAGUGUCCUACGGAAAGGUACUUUCCGUAUUCAAUUUAACUUAAUACGGAAAGGUACUUUCCGUAUUAUAUUUUGAUGACUACGGAAAGGUAUUUUCCGUAUUUAACUCUGACAUGAUUCCCCCUUUUUCCACCAUUACUCCUCCCUCACCAACCCCUUCACCAACCCCUGACCAGCCCUCCUGAACCUCCUCAAUGCCUCCAGACCACCCUCUCUCUCACCCUCUUCUACCUCACUUUCAUUUCCAAGCUCUCCACCACCAUCCACUCCUUCAUUUCCCAAGCUCUCCACCACUAUCAACAAGUGUUGUAGUAGAGGGAUGACAGAUUCAUUUUUCUUUGGUGAGUCACAAUUGAUUGAAGCUGGAUUUCACAAUGGUCAACCUGAAGAGGCCACUACAGAGGUGCCACCACCAGCAUUUGUGCCCCCGUGUAUAAGUAUAGAUGUCUCGCAUUUAUUUGCAACUGAUCAGAUUUUCCCUACCCGUGAUGAUCUUAUCAAUUGGGUUCAUGGAAUUGUGACCUAGGAAAAAUGGCAUAGAUAGAGAUUGGCGGCUAAAGGUGAUGGAAGGUAUACACAACCAUGAACCAGCUAGGUCACUACUUGGGCACAAUUUUGUUGGUCGUCUAAAACCCGGAGAGAAGGAGCAAGUGGAAAAAAUGACAAGGAGUUGGGUUCCACCGAGAAAGAUGUUGUUGACUUUGAAGGAAAACAAUCCUUCAAACUUGACUACCAUAUCUCAGAUUUAUGGUGUUUGCAAGAGGUUAAGAAAAUCCCUCCGCGGGGGAUUGACAGAAAUGCAACACUUGUUGAAGAAGUUGGACGGUGACAAGUAUGUCCACUUUGAAAGACAUGAGCUUGGAUCGGAAGUCAUUAGAGAUGUAUUUUGGGCUCAUCCAAAUGCUAUCAAACUGUUCAACACAUUCCCGUAUGUAGUGAUUAUGGAUUGCACAUACAAGACAAACAAAUAUGCAAUUCCCUUGCUUGAGAUUGUUGGACUGACUUCCACAGAUAAGACAUACUCCAUAGCCUUUUGCUACAUUGUUAAUGAGGGCACAGAUGACUACGUUUGGGCACUGGAGUGUAUGAAGUCUCUAUUAGCUGAUCAAGCCAUGUUGCCUAAGGUGAUUGUUACUGACAGGGAUCUUGCCUUAUUGAGUGCUGCUAAGCAAAGCCUUCCUAACACUACACAUUUAUUAUGCUUGUGGCACAUCAACAAGUGUGUUUUGGCAAUAGAGGUUGCAGCAUGAUCGCCGCGCCGGCUAGAAGCAUGUAACCGCCGGUGUCUAUCCUCAGUAGCCCCGACAUCCUCACUAGAAGCAUGAGACCUCUUUCUGUUCUUCAUUCUCACUAUAUAUUCAGAGCAAACAUUCACUAUAUAUACCAUUUCAGCCAUAGACAGAAACAUGAUGCAAGCAAAUGGAAAAUUCCUAGAAUUUUAUAAGUACAUAGAUGAUAAUCGGAUCUUCUGUGGUUUAUGCAUGCUUGGAUCAACUUUUAUUUUCCUAAUAAUCAAUUAUGGCAUCUAGAAACUACUCACAAAUGCUUUGGAAACCUUCUAUAAUUGAUUCUGAACCCAGAAUCAAUUAUAAGUGUUGGGUUUGGUUCUGAGAUGAAUACGGAAAACGUUUUUCCGUAUUCAAUACGGAAAACCAUGUUCCAUACUGAAUACGGAAUACCAUUUUCCAUAUUCAAUACGGAAACCUGUGAUCCGUAUUUACCCAGAAACGCCAUUAACGACAAUGAGCUAUCGGCCCUAAACCCAAACCACAUUCAAGACAUUUCAGCCAACAAUACCUCUACACAAGCAACAAUCGACUACCCUAGGGUUCAAUGAUUAACAUAAUUUCAAGUUAAAUGGGGAAAAUCCAAAAAUCCUUACCUCUAGGUUUCAAAUU